AAUAGUCUUUGUCUGUGCCUUUAUCUCUGUCUCUAUCUCUAAUUGUUGUAGGUGGUUGAUUACGUAUGACCUAUGAACAGAAUGUAAAAACACAUUUUUCAACAAUUAAAAUUUGCGCUCGUAAUUAUCGACUAACCAACAAAUAAAAACGGGUCAAAAGCAAACGGACACGCAGAAGUAUUUUUACUGCAAUGUGACCCAGCACAUACAAGCAGAUAGUGGCGACUCCCCAAGUUAAUUGAACAAUUUUGCAACACUCACAAUACCCAUCAACGUCAGUAUUUGAUUAAAUCUUGCCAUGAUCACAUGUACAGUAUGGAAAAACGUCCACUCUAAAUCAAAUAUGUUUCGCUAAGCUUUUAAUCGUCUUACACAAGAUUAAACGUUCUCAAUACCUAUCACUUACAAUCACAUGCAACCAAAAACAUUGACAACAGUUUUGAAUUAUUGUUGCAGAAUGGAUUUUGUUUUAUUUUGCUCUGUUCUUCAUAGAGCAUUUUGGAUCUCACACCCUAUCGUUUGUUAUCACCAGUCACUUGACUAUUUCAACAGUCGAUUCAUCAAUCAUUCAAAAGCGGAUACCUGCCAAAGAUGCCGAUAUCAUCAAAUGAAGGUUUCCAUCUCCGCUGGGGUAUUAGUCUUCUCCAACGUGUGUUCCUGCCAGCAUGGGCCAUAGCAUCACUGCCGAUAACAUGACACUGGUUCCCAAAUGGUUGCAUAACGACUUCCUAUUGAACGUUAUCCGGAAGGCGCAGAAUGAUUCCUCUUUGUGGCUCUGUCACGGUUGUAAAUUGCGAGCGGAAACGGUUCCCAGUCGUAGUCAAAAGCCCAGCAUUGUUUUACGAACAACAGUUCACUACCGUUCGAAGCGUUUUCAUAAUGAACAAGCAAUUAAUCUGAUCAUGAAAAUCAUUCCCAGUGAAAAUGGAUUAACUAACGAAUAUUCAGUUCUGGGUACGGAAGUGGCCAUCUACAGUCAGGUGCUACCGGCUAUGAUCAAAACGAUGAAGGAUGUUGGAGAGAAUGUCGAUUUUCCAAGAUUAAUUUAUGCCAGUCCCAAACCAAACACAAUUGUCAUCUUGGAAAAUGUUAAUCCUAUGAAUUGGCGAUCGUUCGAGGAGUAUCGGAGUACAUUUGAUGAUGUGAUAGCAACAACUCAUGCGAUCGCAAAAUUUCAUGCGUUGUCAUUCUUUUUAUGUCAAACGUCAAUUGAUCUCACACAAUUCAAAUCAAUUUGUGCUGAACCCGAUGCAAAUUUAAUAGAAAAGUUCAAUGCUUUUGCUAAUACGACUUCUACUUGGGAGGCAGCUGAAAACAUAACUAGAAAAAUACAGAAUAUUAAUCCGUCGGCAAUUGCGCAUAACAUGAAACAAGUGUACAAAGCCAAUACCAUGUCCUCCGGUUACAAUGUACUAAAUCAUGGGGCCAUCCAUCCCAAAAACCUAUUUUAUAAAGUCGACAAUACCGGACUUGUAACGAAGACAAUGCUAAUAGACUUCCAACAUUGCCACUGGGGUUCGCCUGCCAUCGAUUUAAUCUGUCUGUUGGAUUUGGUUGUCAAACCGGAAGUUAAGGCUUCGAAGCGGAACGAGAUAAUUCACGAAUAUUACAAUCACUUUGCGCAAGUUUUAAGCAAAAUUGGUUAUCUUGGUUCAGUUCCAACGUUAACGGAUUUACAUGUUGAGCUUUUGCGGAAAGGAUUUCUUGAAGUACUACAUAACGUUCAUCAUUUAGAAACAUCAGACAAGAGUAACGAGCAGCUACACAAAGCGGUUCAUGCGGAUAUGGUACUUUUGCUCCACCGAGGCAUAGUUUAGGUACGAUGGGACAACCUGAAAGAAGCUAUGAAAUGAAAUACAAACGUGGUUAUUGGAAGAACUUUGUAUUGUGCAACUACAUGUUUUCCUGUACACUGAUUUUGUAUAAAUUAUAUAACUUCUUAAGAUCACUUUAUUUGUAAGUA